GAGAUCAAUUCAGAUGCAGUCACGUCCUACAAAACUUACCAUUAGGUUUAAAAGAGUAGAAACUGGUACCUUUAGGGUGAAAACAGAAGAUGGCUUCAGUGGUUCUACUUUCUCUGAUCACCUAGAUAGCACUCUUCACCAGCCCACAAAUGUUAUUUCUUUGGAAGAGGAUGAUCAUGGCCCGAAGGAUGAAAAUAGUCAGUCGUAUGAAAAUGGUCAAAAUCAUUUAGUGGUAUAUGAUCCUGCCUCUAAUUAUAGAGGUCAAACUGAAGCAAUCCCUGAUCCUAUCUGGUACCCCCCUCCGCGGCCCACAAAACUUACUGUUAGGGUGAGAAGAGUAGAAACUGGUACCUCUAGGGUGAAAACAGAAGAAAAUGGCUUCAAUGGUUCUACUUUCCUUAAUGACCUGGAUGACACUCUUCAGCAGCCCACCAAUGUUAUUUCUUUGGAAGAGGAUGAUCAUGGCGCAGAGGAUGAAAAUAGUCAAUGUUAUGAAAAUGCUCAAAAUCAAUUAUUGGUAUUUGAUCCUGCUGUUAAUUAUACAGGUGAAAUCGAAGCAAUCCCUGAUCCUAUCUGGUACCAACCUCCGCCUUUCCCCAGAUACUGUAUUCCAAAUCAGCCUUCCAGAAUUUUGCCUUCUGUUGGGGCUUUCACCGUCCAGUGUGCGAGAUGUUUCAAAUGGAGGCUCAUCCCAACAAAGGAAAAAUAUGAAGAAAUCCGUGAACACAUUUUAGAGCAGUAUUUUGUCUGCGAAACAGCUCGAGAGUGGCAGCCUGAUAUAUCUUGUGAACAUCCAGCUGAUAUUACUCAAGAUGGCAGCAGGCUUUGGGCAAUAGAUAAGCCAAAUAUUGCUCAGCCUCCUCCUGGGUGGCAAAGGCUUUUAAGGAUUAGAAGUGAAGGAAGCACCAAGUUUGCAGAUGUGUAUUACGUUGCACCGUCAGGCAAGAGUCUUCGUUCUAUGGUUGAAAUUCAAAAGUACUUGCUGGAACAUCCAGAGUACAUGGCAGAAGGUGCGACCGUGUCACAAUUUUCAUUUCAGAUCCCAAGACCUUUGCAGGAAAACUAUGUGAGAAAAAACUAUGGGAAGAAGCAUCCUGCCCGUUUUGCAGCUCCAUAUGGUGGCACUAAUAUGGGGCUGCCGGAACCUCUUGAAACUUCUGAAGUCAAUUCCAUAGCAUGGGCAGGUCCAGAUGAAAGUGCAGACUUGCAGUUUGGUGGGCCAGGGCUUUAUAAUCCAUACUUUGAGGCACCUGUUUUUGAUCCUGUAUAUCAACCACCAAAGAAGGCAAGAAGCUCACGACCUAAACCGACGUGUAAGAGCAACUGGGUGUAUUAUCAGCAGGACGUGAAUUUAGAACCUCAUUUUGCUAGGCGUGGCGCCUAUGAUCUUUAAGUUUUAGUCGGAAACCCCCCUUUUCGAAUCUGAGAUUCAAAAUGUUAUACACGGAUUAUCUGUUUUUUUUUUUAGAUUGUCUUUCAGGUGAACUCGAAGAAAGGUGAGAGGCGAAAGGUGUCCUGUUGAGGGAUAAAGAUGCUGUUGAGUGAGUAAUGCGUUAAAACAAUAUACAAAAGAAAUACAAUAUACAAAAAAAAAAAUAGUUUAUAUUGAAUCUGGUGUUUCCCACAUUUUAUGUGUCCAUUUCCUUUCUAUAUUUUGGAUUAUGAUAACCCAAAGUGAAUGGGAGAAGAGGAUUGUAUUGCUUCAGCAUCUCUUAAAUGAUAUGAUUAGCUUUGCUCUGGCGUUGGCGUUGCACAGUGUUGGUUCACGUGAGAGCUAGAGUCUGGAGACGGUAAUUUAAACUUGA